AUGCCGCGGCAGAUUCCCAUCUACUCAGCCGAGAGGUUGUGGGCAUCGGACCAUCUCAACUUCGCCUCUCCACGCCUACAAAGCGAUCAUCAUAAAGCCGUGCGCGAGUUGAUUCGACCGGUGCUCGUGCCUCUUCUUCUCACCACACCGCCUUCACUUCCCGUCCCGCAGCGCUCCCCUGACCUGCUCAUGCGGCAACGUAUGCUUGGUCUCCCUAUCGACCCACCGCAUGCGUGCGACUUCGGCCACGACGACGACUACCCACAUCGCCGCACCGUCACGGAGGACGAGUGCAUCGCAUCGCACCGAGCGUUCGCUUCAUGGCUCUCACGCUCGCCCAUCGAGCUCGGCAUCCACACGACACACCUCGAAAUGACCGCAUCACUCUUGUUCUUCAAACGCAGUCAGGUGCAACAAUUCGCGCGCCACACGGAUCGAGACCCGAUCGAGUCGCAUGGCUUCGAGGCGCUCUGCUGCGACGCCUGGCACACCCAACGCAAAGUGCUCGUGGGAUUGCCACGGCCUCACGAGUGCGACAUGAGGCUGUAUAUGACCGUGGUCUUUGACGAGAGCGAGGAGGUACAGCUGGACAACCUGUUUGUGCUGUAUAAGAAGGAGGAGGCGCAGAUUGAACGGCUGCACAGGUGGACAGAGGAUUGCAGACGGAGCUGGACAAGGGUCAAGAUGGAAGACGAGGAAGAAGGGAGUCAAGGAGCCGAGUAUAUCAAUGACGCAGACGACUUUUGGGCCGGAUACUCGGACGACGAGGAGGUGGACAGAAAAGGCACUGCUCGCGCGCAAGGGGAAGGACAGGCGUCUGCUGCUCAGACUGGCGGGAUUGUUGAUCCGUCGACAAGUGCCACAUCAGCCGACCAGGAAGCAGCGAUCAAGGACAUCAUACGCAGCGCUUACACGCUGCAUCGCACAACACAAUCUGCAAGCACAGGCGAAGACUCGGUCGAGGCCUUUCUCCAAUUCGUCAAAGCUGCCUUGCCCGGCAACAGCGCCUCUAUACCCUUCACAGCUUAA